UUUCUAAAGUCUCUAACGGCUACUUGUCUCUCUCUCUCCGCUUCCCAAGGCUCUUUCCGUUCUCCGUCCCUCCCUCUCCCUCUCUAUCUUUGGUACACUUGAUCAACCGCUGGUUUUUGCAAAGUUUCCAGAAAAAACCUGCAAUUUGCCAGCAUUUUCUCAAUAAACCUCGAUCGCUCCGUCGGGCAACUCAUUCUCUGUCGGAGCCUUCGGAUCAGUAAACAAUAGAAACAUCAUUAAUUUGUUGUUUGAUCAGAGAGAAAUAUUUGCUUCAACAUGUCUGGUCUCCAAGAUGAUAAGUUUUCGCAUAUGGAAACAACUUGUGGAUCUCUUCUCUAUGAACUUAAGAUUAUAUGGGAUGAAGUUGGCGAGUCUGAUGGUGAAAGGGAUAAAAUGCUAUUAGAAUUAGAAGAAGAGUGUCUAGAGGUAUACAGAAGGAAGGUGGAUCAGGCAAAUCGCUGUAGGGCUCAGCUACGGCAAACAAUUGCAGAUUCUGAGGCAGAGCUCGCAAGCAUCUGCUCGGCAAUGGGUGACCGUCCAGUGCAUAUCCGGCAGUCUGAUCAGAAUGCUGGAAGUUUAAAAGAAGAGCUUAUGGCCAUUCUUCGAGAACUGGAGGAGAUGCGAAAGAGGAAAUGUGAGAGAAGGAACCAAUUCAUUGACAUCCUUCAGCAAAUACAAAAGAUCUCAAAUGAGAUCUGUGGAUCCACAAAAUAUAAUCCAUCCAAUAUUAUGGUGGAUGAAACUGAUUUGUCCUUACGAAAGCUUGAAGAGUUGAACAGGCAGCUGCAGGCACUUCAAAAGGACAAGGGAGAACGUCUGAAACAGGUUCAAGACCACCUUUACACUCUGAACACACUAUGUUUAGUGCUUGGAAUGGAUUUCGAGCGCACAGUUAAUGAGGUCCACCCCAGUUUGGAUGAUUCUGAGGGAACAAAGAACAUUAGUGACAAUACAAUUGAGAGGUUGGCUACUGCAAUUCAGACGCUGCGAAAGGUCAAGAUAGAGAGGAUGCAGAAACUUCAAGAUCUGGCAACAACAAUGUUGGAGCUGUGGAAUUUAAUGGAUACACCAAUUGAGGAGCAGCUGAUGUUUCAGAAUGUCACCCGUAACAUAGCUGCUUCCGAACAUGAAGUAACAGAACCCAACAUACUCUCUGAGGACUUCAUUAAUUAUGUUGGGGCAGAAGUAUCAAGACUUGAAGAACUGAAAGCAGGCAAGAUGAAAGAGCUUGUUCUGAGGAAGAGAUCAGAGUUGGAGGAGAUUUGGCGGCGGACACGCAUGGUAGCAGAGGCAGAUAGUGCAAUGGAAUACGCAAUUGAAGCUAUUGAAUCAGGUGCUGUAGAUCCUGCUACUGUCUUGGAACAACUUGAGCUUCAAAUUGCAAAAGCGAAAGAGGAAGCAUUUAGCAGGAAAGAAAUACUUGAAAAGGUUGAAAAAUGGUUAGGUGCAUGUGAGGAGGAGUGCUGGCUUGAGGAGUACAACAUGGAUGAAAAUCGCUAUAAUGCUGGUAGAGGUGCCCAUCUCAUGCUGAAGCGUGCUGAAAAAGCUCGUUCCACAGUGAACAAACUUCCAGCAAUGGUGGACGCGUUGGCAUCAAAAACCAUGGCAUGGGAGAAAGACAGAGGCGUGGAAUUCACAUACGAUGGUAUUCGGCUUCUUGCUAUGCUGGAAGAGUACAGUGUAUUAAGGCAAGAAAAAGAACAAGAACGCCAAAGGCAGCGGGAUCAAAAGAAACUUCAAGAACAGUUAAUAGCAGAACAGGAAGUGCUUUUUGGAUCAAAACCAAGCCCUUCAAAGCCCCCCCUGAGUGGAAAAAAGGUGCCGAGAACUUCAACCGGUGGUCCAGGUAGCAAAAGACUUUCCCUCGGUGGAGUGAUGCUGCAAACUCCUAAACCUGAUCCACUUAACUCCACAAAAGCUACUCCUCAAUCACGCACAGUCAAGAAGGGUCUAUUGCAAAAUGACUCACAUAACCACUAUCAGGAUGAAGGUCGGAGAGGCUUGGAUAGUGCUGGUCUCUCAGUGACACAGCACUCUGUCAACGCUGCAAAUGCUGGUGAUGUUGAAUCCAUGUUGCGGAAGCCAUUCUCUCCUGUCUCUGAGGUCAACACAACAAACUUGAUGGAAGACAUGAACAAAGCACAGAAAAUAUUUCCAAGUAACAACACAGCAAUGACCACACCAUCCAAAUUGGCUUCUCUUCCUGAUGAAGAGGAGAACAUGACCCCCAAGGCAAGACCAGUUCCAGUCCCUGCUACCCCUUCAACUGUGUCUGUACCCAUGCAGACUGCCAUAACUCCGGUUCCAUCUUCUGUCCUUUUUGGAGCUAACACCAUGGGCGAGAAGCCUGAAGAGAUUGAAUACUCAUUCGAGGAGAGAAGAGCUGGUUUCAUCCUUCCCCAGACACAUCUGAAGUCUACUAUACAAGUUUGACACGCUGGAUGAACUUGAUCAAGUUGGUCUGUCUUGCUUUUCUUACUUCUUGUGGUAUAUAAAGCCAAUUGUUAUUGGCUUUUCAUAUUCAUGUACAUACUACAUACUCAAUUGUUAUUGCCUUCUAUC